UUUAUAUUGAACCUGGGCAACGUCUAAUGGAGUAUUUUUACACGAAUGUUCCUCAACAUGCGACAACUUUACGCUUCUGGUACGAUAACUUGUCAUUCCCCACCUGGCAACACCGCCCGUACUUGAAAGCCGCAGUGAUAUGAUGAUGACAUGAAACGGGGAGGGAGCUGGCACGUCCCGUGUCACAUGACCUCCAUCUAUAGCGCUGCAGGUGUGUCAAAGAAUGGGCAGGUAUUUGGCUCCUUUUAAAACCCGUCGCCAGCUCAGUCUAAAGCCUUGCACCCUGCAUGAGGCAUCAUGCUGCUUUCUUUCCUUCUCUAUCUGUGCCUGGUCUGGAUGAAAGGAGCAGAGGGCUCAGAUCCUAACCUGCCCUUCAUGGAAUACCUGGACGACAACGACAUGGUCUGCCUGAAGUGGGGAUUCUCUGACGUGCAGAGACAAAUCACACUCAAAUUCAUCGUCAAAACCACCGGCUGGAUCGGCUUCGGCCUGAGUCCCAACGGAGACAUGACAGGCGCAGAUCUGGUCAUGGGAGGAGUGGAUUCCAACAGAACCUACUUCAAAGAUUAUUAUUCGGCGACAAACACCAUGCCUGACGUGGACCAGGUGCAGAGCUACACACUUGUGUCUCUCACCGAGAGCCAGGGGGAAACCGUCAUGACUUUUACCAGGGCCUUCCAAACGUGUGACAACCAAGACCUCCAGAUCACGGACAAACCCAUGAACCUGAUAUAUGCUUAUGGAGCCACCGAUGAGAUUACCUUCCAUGGAGCACAGGCCGGCACCAAAGAAAUCAACCUACUGAAUCACGCGCCCAAAAUCACUGUGGCAAAUGGAAACUAUAUGAGUGUCACGGUGCAAAAUCUCGCCAUUCCUGCAAAGGACACGUAUUACCACUGCAAAGUCAUGCAGCUUCCACCUUUGAACACAAAGCAUCAUAUAUAUCAGGUUCAGCCCGUGAUUGAGCACGCUGACCUGGUUCAUCACAUGCUGUUCUACUCCUGCCCGGCCAGUGUGAACACUGCCUAUGACGGCGACUGCAACUGGCAAAACACCGGACACUCCUGUACCGCGGUAAUGGCCGGAUGGGCUGUAGGAGGAGGGGUCUUUGAGCUCCCGGAAAAUACUGGCAUCCCCGUUGGAGGUGCAGAUAAUAGUGCAUUCUUUAUGCUGCAAAUCCACUACAACAACGCUUACAAUGAAUCAGGCAGGACUGACAGCUCAGGUCUGAGACUGGUCUACACGGACCAACUGCGGAAGUAUGACGUCGGCAUCUUGACCACGGGCGUGUUGCCAUAUAACUCCGCCGACUACAACAUCCCUCCUCAAGCUGCUAAAUUCCGCACCUACGGCGUGUGUAACACCAGCCUCUUUUCUGAGAUCAUAGAUCCUGUGCCGGACCUGAACGUUUUUGCAGUGAUGUUGCAUACUCACCUGGCUGGGAGGGCAGUCAGAGUUGGACAUUUCAGAAAUGGAAGGCAAAUAGGCUUCCUGGGCAUGGAACCCAACUAUGACUUCAACUUGCAGCAUAUCACCUUUUUGGGAAGCAUCAAGACCAUCAAGAAGGGAGAUGAAAUAGUGGUGGAGUGCAGCUACAACACUGCUGAUAGGACGGGAGUCACACAGAUGGGAGAAUCCACCAUGGAUGAAAUGUGCCUGGCCUUCCUGUUCUUCUACCCGCGCAUCAGCAUCACCACAUGUCUCAGCCAGCCCAACAGCUCUCAUCUCCAAUUCCCCGACGGACUCCAAAACCAAAAGGAGAUCAUGGAAUAUGAGAGCGCCGUAAAGAACCUGUCGCACAUCCAGUUCGCCUUCAGUAACUCUGAUUUUAUGUUUUACCCGUUUGGCCAAGUGAGGGAUGUGAAGGAAGCGCCAACUGACCCCUGUGAGACCUCCAACGCCGCCAAUCAUAAGUAUAGUCAAGCGUCACUUUUUCUCCUGCUUGCAUGGAUUCUUCUCAUGUGAACUGCAUUGCACUAAAUUAAUCCCAACAUCUCUAUUUUACUUUCAUUCUUCGUGCACGUUUUCAUUAGCUAUGCAAAAAUUAUAAAUCAUGUAAUCGUAUGUUUAUCAUUGCUGCUUUGUACAUUUUCCUUUAGUUGUGUCAUUUGCUUGCUUGACUGUACCGUAUUUUCCGCACCAUAAGCCGCCCUGGGUUAUAAGCCGCGCCUUCAAUGAACGGCAUAUUUCAAAACUUUGUCCACCUAUAAGCCGCCCCGUGUUAUAAGCCGCAUCUAACUGCG